UAAACACUGUGCUGUGCGCUUCGCUUCGCUAUGUCUGCUGCUGUGUGUGAUUUGUGUCGCAGGAAGAGCGAGCUGUCGUGCAUUUUGCGCAGAUCAAAGACGCUUGAUCGCUUUCGACUCGUCGCCAUGUGUUGAGCAGCGUGCCACCCGAAGUGUGUCACUUGAAGUGUCGAAUCGCUGUGUUGCUGAGCGCACGGUGCAUCGCCAAGCAGCCGAGGAGGAUGCCUUCGACGCGAUGGUUGCGAGUCCUUGAUGGACGCUGGCGCAAUGAAACCCGUAUGGCGCAGGCGUUUACUCCGCUGCUCUAGCGUCUGUGCAGCCGAGUCCACGACUCUGUGCUGGACUGGUUGGGACCGCGUGCAACGAAGAUGUGUGUGCUCGUCGUUCGGGCCGAAUCGAGAUGACUGUAACGGAGCGCGCAGGCAUUCGUCAGCUGCUGUUGUGUCUGAUCACGUAAGGGCCUCGGGCCCCUACGCUAGCACGGCGAGCAGCAAUGCAAAAGGAGGGUUCCCCCGUUUUUCUGCGGUACCACCAAGGUAGCGUACGCGGAGUCUCGUUCAGCCCCCGGGACAGGUACUUGUUCUGCUCGGGUGCCUAUGAUGGAAAAGUCAAUCUGUACACAGCACAGCAUAUGGAGCUGCUUAUGUGUUACCAGGCAACAUCCAUGGGAAUGACGCGCAACAUCAAUGCAGUUCGUUUCACCAGUGACGGCUCACGUAUUCUUGCUGCGACCACAGCCAGGAGGUUGGCUGUGAUAGAUGUGGAGCGUGGGGAGCAAGUUAUGACCUAUGACAAUUGUGCCUAUGACACGAAGGACAGGGCAAGCCUGGCCGCUGACCCAAUCUGCCCUAACAUGGCCGUCUGCAGCUCGGCCAACGGAAAGGGGCUGACUCUGUUUGAUCUUCGAAUGCCACUGCCACUCGACUUUGUGUAUGAUCUGCACGAUAAUGCCAUCCGGGACCUGCUGUUCCUGCACAGUAGCUGGCCGUUUGUGCGUAGUCACCAGAGCACAGUGCUGUCACUCUCUGCUGAUGGUGUCUGCAAGGUGACCACGUUGGACGGCCGGUACUUGCACGGAUUCGAAGUGGGCCACGGGGCGAACUCGGUGGCAGCUACACCAGAGGCCUAUGGUUCGGCAGCCGAAGAUGGCUUCCGCAGUGUGUUGCUGGUAGGGGGUGACACAGUAUCGGGAUACGUGCCAGACAUCGGAGUCCAAGAGAGGCUGUGCGAACAUGGCAAAAAUUCCGUGUGGAAGCUUCGGUACACCUCAAACGGAGGCCUGCUAUACACUGCCUGUAACGGCGGCAUUGUCAGGAGGUAUCGGCGCUACCCUGACCAACACAAGUUCCUGGGCGAGGUGCUCUGGCACGAAGCGAACAUUCAGGACAUGGAUCUGUCACUGUACGAUGAUUACUUGAUCACCGCAUCCAAGGACCGCUCGGUGGGGGUACUUCCACUCGGCCCACCUAACCACGGCUGGACGGAGUACUGCGAGCUCUGCUGAGCGUGGUGGCAGCACAGCCUGAUGUUUGUUGCUGUCGCAGCGAAGAGUGCACAAAUUAAAGAAGCAAGAGACUU